CCAAUCGAGCCAAAAUUAGUUAAUCGAACAGCCGCCGUCCCUUUCCUCGGGCUAGCGACCAGCAAAAACCCAGCGGGGCAGCACACUGGUGCUCCUUGUGCGUGCAAAACCCUCUCGAGAAAUCCAUCGCGAGGUCCUCACGCCUCUGGUGAAGUCCUCUCGUGCACCUCCAUCCAUCUUCUCUGAUCCCGCCCGUGCUGCGUACUUAACAUAGCUCUGUUGUCGCGUGGGCAGACAGCCACGGUUAAAUAUGGCUAGAGCGGACGAUGACAAGGCCGCUGCGCCCGCCGCCCCCGCCACUACCACCACCACCACCACCAGCGCUUCCUCCGCAACCCCUGCCACCAGCGAAGAGGGCAUCAUGGCCAUUCCCGGCGCAAAGGACACCAUCGAUGCCUUGACCUUUGAGCAGAUCCUCGAGAUGGAUGAUGACGAGGACGAGCGCGACUUCAGCAAGAGCAUCGUCUACGAUUUCUUCUCCCAGGCCGACAGCACCUUUGGCAAGAUGGAGACCAGCCUAGAAUCGAAAGAUCUCAAGACGCUCUCGGAGCUGGGACAUUUCCUCAAGGGCUCCUCCGCCACUCUCGGUUUGACAAAGGUGAAAGACUCGUGCGAAAAGAUCCAGCAUUUCGGCGAGAAGAAGGAUGAGACAGGCACGCGGGAUAUCACAGAAGAAGAGGGCCUCGAGAAACUGAAGACCACCAUUGACCAGGCGAAGAAGGAAUUCGAGGAGGUGGAGAAGGUGCUCAAGAAAUUCUACGAGGGCGAGGGGGCUUGA